UGGAAACUAGCCCUGGGCGUCCUUGAGUGUAUGUCACUAGCGUUCAACCGAGAGACAGUGAAUAUAAGAGGGUCUGUUUUCCAAUCCACCUCGUUAGUUGAACAUCGAGUGUGUGAAGAAGUAGUCGCUAUGCAGCAGUUAGCAGUUAUUCUUUUUUGUACUGUGGGAAUUUCUUUUGCGGAUGUGAAAUCAGAUUUUGAGGCGGCGAAAAUUGUUCCAGAUAUUAUAGAGAGCGGGCCGUUAAAGAAAAUUGAGAUCAAGUAUGGAAGCAAAGAAGUGAAUUUCGGAAACGAAUUUGCUCCAACUGAGACGAAAAAUAUUCCAGAGAUUCAUUAUGAACAUGAGGGAGGAGUACUUUACACACUUGUUAUGACGGAUCCAGAUAUCCCUGUACGCGGAUACAAUCGCGAAUGGCAGCACUGGGUCGUUGGCAACAUACCAGAAGACAAAGUUGCUAAGGGUGAGGUGCUAACGGAGUAUGUAGGACCGGCACCUCCAAAAGGCUCUGGGAAACACAGAUACGUUUUUCUGCUGUAUAAGCAGAACCAGGGAUCGAUAACGUUUGAUGAAAGGAGGAUUGGUGACAGGGAUAAACGACGAAACAGAUUUUCGGUAAAAAAACUAGCUGAGAAGUAUAAUCUCGAGGGUCCACUCGCUGGAAAUUAUCUCAAGGCUGAAUUCGACGAUUAUGUUCCGGUUAUUCAUAAGCAAAUAGGAAAUUAAUUAUGUUUUAUCAGUAUUGACAAUUUAAAUGGAAUAAUUGACUUUCAGAACAGAUGAAAUAUUGAAAUUGAUAAAAAAAAAAGCAUUUUUAUAAAGACGAUAGUCCUUUUUAUUGUGAUUCCUAUUGUAUUUAAAAAAACGUAAUAAAAUCUGAGGAACAUUGGUUUUUUA